UGCGACAGCGAAAUGAUUUGGAAAUCUUAUUCUUUUUUUUUGUUUGUUUUGUUUUGUUGUUGUUUUUUUUCAAUUCUUUUGUGAAUUUGCAAAAAUGCACAGGUGAAAAAAUGUUACACCAUGGCGGCAACGUAUGCGGAAACGUCGAAUGUGGCUGAUCUGGAUGCUCUCGUCGAAUUUAUUGAUGAUUUGCCCCCAUCUGACGGCAUCCUUCUCGCGAGCGCAUUUUCCCACAUGUUGAACUUAGAAAAUUUGGCAGAAGAGGUGCAGAUGGUGUUGCGACGAAGGGCGACGACGAGAACGGGCAGCAUUGCAGACGAAGGAAGUGCGUUGACGGAAUCGACCUUUGCGGAAACGUUGGAUAAACUGGUCAGGUUGGGGAAGAGCAAAGAAGAGAUCUUUGAGUCGCUGAAAUCGCAGUCCGUGGAUUUGGUGUUGACGGCGCACCCAACGCAAUCGGUCCGCAGAUCGAUUCUUCGCAAACAUGCAAAGAUCAAGACGACGCUGCUGAGGUUGCAUGAAGGCGGAAGCAUCCUAAGGCCAAAUGACAAAAAAGAACUUAUAGAGGAGCUUCAUCGACAGAUCCAAGCGGCAUGGCGGACGGACGAAAUUCGUAGAGUCCAACCGACACCGCAAGAUGAGAUGAGGGCGGGAAUGAGUUAUUUAACUGACACGGUAUGGAAUUGCGUUCCUCGGUUUCUCCGGAGAGUCGACACGGCGCUGAGGAGCAUUGGAAUAAACGAGCGUUUGCCUUAUAGUUGCAAAAUAUUGGAGUUCAGCAGUUGGAUGGGCGGCGAUCGAGAUGGUAAUCCGAAUGUCACGGCGUCGGUUACUCGAGAUGUGUGUCUCUUGUCCCGACUUAUGGCUGCCAAUCUUUAUUACUCCCAAAUCGAGUCUCUCAUGUUUGAGUUGUCUAUGUGGCGGUGCAGCGCGGAAUUACGGAGCAGAGUGGAGAGUCUGAUGCGAGAAGGAAGCCGGCGCGAAUCUGUCAAACACUAUCGAGAGUUUUGGAAAUUGGUGCCUGGCAUGGAGCCAUAUCGAGUAAUCCUAGGAACAGUGAGAGACAGGCUCUUCAACACUCGUGAGAGGCUAAUGCAUCUACUGCAGACUGGGAUAUCGCCAAUCCCACAAUCGGACACAUUCACGUCCGCAGAACAGCUGAUGGAGCCAUUGGAGGUCUGUUAUCGGUCGCUUCACGAGACCGGUGAUCACACGAUUGCCGAUGGAAGCUUGUUGGACUUCAUGCGGCAAGUCACUUGCUUUGGUCUGACAUUAGUAAGGCUGGACAUCCGCCAAGAGGCGGACCGCCACACGGAAGCGCUCGAUGCGAUCACGACUUAUCUGGGCUUUGGGUCGUACAGGGAGUGGUCGGAAGAUCAACGGCAAGAGUUCCUCGUCCGGGAGCUGCGGGGAAAGCGGCCGCUGUUCGGACCGGAUCUUGUUCACAACACGGAAGUGAAGGAGGUUCUGGACACAUGCCGAGUUCUUGCGGAAUUGCCGGCAGACUCGUUCGGUGGGUACGUGAUCUCGAUGUCGACUGUGCCGUCUGACGUGCUCGCGGUUCAUCUGCUUAUGCGAGAAUGCGGGGUGAAGAUGCCGUUGCGCGUCGUGCCCUUGUACGAACGGCUGCAAGACCUGAACAAUGCGCCAGCGAACAUGGAGAGGUUGUUUUCCAUCGAUUGGUACCGGAACCUUAUCAACGGCAAGCAGGAAGUGAUGAUCGGAUAUUCGGACUCGGGCAAAGACGCAGGCAGGUUGUCGGCUGCCUGGGCACUCUUCCAAGCACAAGCGAACAUCGUCAAAGUCGCGGAGAAGUUUGGGGUGAAGGUUACCCUCUUCCAUGGCCGAGGAGGAACGAUUGGCCGUGGCGGAGGGCCAACGCAUCUUGCCAUCCUGUCGCAGCCGCCGGGGACGGUGAACGGGUCGUUGAGGGUGACGAUUCAGGGAGAAAUCAUAGAGCAUUCGUUUGGAGAGGAGCAGCUGUCUUUCCGAACCCUUGAGCGUUUCACCUCUGCUACCCUGGAGGUCAGUCUGCAUACGCCCACUCCGCCAAAGCCUGAAUGGCAAAAGUUGAUGGAGGAGAUGUCCGCAGUCGCCACAGAAGAUUUCCGAGGUGUCCUCCGUGACAAGAGGUUCCUUCCCUAUUUCCAAGCGGGUACGCCGGUUCUGGAAUACGGACGAAUGAACAUUGGGAGCCGGCCGUCCAAAAGGCGCUCAGAUUUGGGGAUCGAGUCGCUGCGUGCCAUUCCUUGGGUGUUUGCUUGGACGCAGACGAGAAUACAUCUGCCGGUUUGGCUCGGAGUCGGUGCCGCGCUGAAAUACGCAAUUGAAAAGGAUCCUGCGAACCUGGACAUCUUGCGACGGAUGCACAGCGAGUGGCCGUUCUUCCGCGUGACACUGGAUUUGGUUGAAAUGGUGUUCGCCAAGGGAGACCCGCGAAUCGCAUCGAUGUACGACAAGAUACUUGUCCCUGAUGAGCUUCGCUCCUUGGGAGAGGAAAUCCUUCACAACUACCACCUUACGCGCGAUCUUCUCCUUCAGGUGGCUGGUCAUAGUCUGACGCUAGAUAAUAACCCGGCAUUGAAGCAGCGUAUUAUUCUGAGAGAGCCGCUAACGACCCCUCUCAACGUGCAGCAAGCACUUACAUUGAAGAAAAUGCGGAGUUGGUCCUUCAACCAUUCGGGCAACGAGGGUGAGGGCGAGAGGAGUGGCGUGGUUCAGCUCAAUGCGGACACCUCAUACGCUCCGGGACUCGAGGACACCCUCAUCCUCACGAUGAAAGGCAUUGCAGCAGGCAUGCAGAACACAGGAUAGACAGGAUUGCUUCCACCAGCCGUUGGCAUGGUCGUCCGGCACAAACGUUUCGCUAUGCAGGUGGAGUGCGCGGCGGCAUCGGAUGGCGAUCGGGCACAAACAUUUCCGACAGCAAUUGCGGAAUCCGACAGCAAUAUUGUGGAAGAUGCGAGGAGCGGCGCUUGCACAGUUGGUUUGGUGGGAACUUUGGCAGGACUGGUGGUCAGUCGGUCGCUCGCUCGCUCACAUGCUCUUGUCCGCAGCAUCGUGUUGACGUGUCAGUCGAAGAUUGGACCUUUGUGGGGACCACUCGCUCAUGUUCCUGCUGCUGGUUGUAGGAUUUGUGGGGACCACUCGCUCAUGUUCGACUUUGGCCUUGUUGACCUUCUCAAUGAGCGCAUUCACAAUGUGAAAUUUUCAUCAUGGUGAAAUUUUCACCAUGGUGAACGUUUCACCAUGGUGAACGUUUCGCCAUGGUGGAUUUUUUCGCCGUGUGAAUCGCAUGGCGGUAUUCUGUGAGGACGACAAGACGAAAGAGAUCGGUUGUGUCAAGAGAGAGAGAGAGAGAGAGAGAGGUGGUGGGAAAGUGCAGAUGCCAGGAGUGAUUGUGAAAUGUGGGAUGCCAGUGAUCCUGUCUGCGACUUCUCGAUGAGACUUAGCAGGUUUCAUUAUUUGGCCGCUUCUACGAUAUAAGGCUCGAAGAGUGGUUGUUUUCGGGAAGGCAUACCCUGAUGCAGCAGGCUAGCAGCCCUUUGGCCGAAGCUUUCUUUUUGUGCUUGCAAUGAUCAAUCAUUUGAAGAAGACCUUGCCAACGCUCUUUGUGUCGGCAGUCUGAGCGAAACAAGGGGCAUAGGUCCUCCUGCGAUAAGUGACGCCAAACUUUUCGUUUUCCCCCAUCUGCAACAAGGAUCGAAGUUUCCAAGAGAUUUUUAUUCCAAGCGCAAAUGACUUUUUUCUGAGUAUGAAGAGUCUCUUGGAUCUUGCAUCAGGACGAACACGCGCUUCGCUCUGCGCAGCACCCAGCAGAAGGUUGUGUGAAGAAACACUGGUCUCUUCUUCCACCUCCUCCCCCCCCCCGACAACACCCUCUGCCCGUUCUCUUCCGCACCUCCGCCCAGGGCACUUGCAAGAGCUGUGUGAAGGAGUCUCAGUGGGAAGUCAGCUUUGGGUUUGUUUCACAGGGAAGUGGAUGGGUCGUGCUCUCCGAAGCGUUGCUGGGCUGGUACGUGGAAUAUGAACCUGGUCAUAAUUGGGAACCUGGUUCAGGAUUAUGAACGUGGUCAUAAUUGGGAACCUGGUCCAGGAAUAUGAACCUGGUCAUAAUUGUGGACCUGGUUCAGGAUUGAACCUGGUCAUAAUUGGGGACCUGGUUCAGGAUUGUCCACGCUCUAAAGUAGCGAAUUGCCGUUAAAAAAAAACUUUAUAAUCUCAAUCGAUACGCACGCCUUUCUGCGUGAUUCUGUGCCGUUUUCAGGAGAGUUAACAAUUGUCCAAUUUCUGUUCUCCUUCAGAUGUCAGGACGAAGCCUUCUUUUUUUUUUUUUUUUUUUUUUUAAACCACCACUACCUCCGAACGUCUUCUCGCCAAGGCGGCGUCGAACUGCGUCCCAAGCUUUUUGCCAAAGCGCCAGUGCAGCGUUUUUUUUCCAUUUCCUUUUGUGUGGCGUCGCCAGGCUUUGUGGUCUGGUAGUGCCCACCCAGCCUCCGACGGCCUCCGAACAAUAUGUGGUUUAUAGGCUAUAUUCACGACCUAGCCCCCCAGCCUGAAAGAUAGUCAUGGUCUUAAAUUAAAAAAAUUAAGGCUUCUUUAAAAUUAUAAUUACGACUCAAAUGUCAAAUUGCUUUGUCCCUGUCGCUGUCCUCCUUCACAUGCUAUAGCUAAGCUUCUGCAGAGUGGUUUUCAACUUCGACUUCGACUUCGACGCUGACUCUGACUUUGAAUUCGACUUCGACUUCGACUUUGACUUUGACUUUGACUUUGACUUUGACUUUAACUUUGGCUUCGACUUCGACUUUUAAUAUCCAUUCAAGCACAAAGGUACUGUUCGUCGACUUCAACUUCGACUUCGACUCCGACUCUUAUUUGACUUUGACUUUGGCUUUAGCUUUGACUUUGGCUUUGACUUAGACUUAGACUUAGACUUAGACUUCGAGUUUGAGUUUGACUUUGACCUUUAGGCCUUAGUUGCACUACUCGCCAUCCGCCAAGAUUUCGAAUGCAUCUGGACAAAAAAGAUGUCCACAUGCAAUCAAAAUGUUGGCGGAUGGCGAGUAGUGCAAGGAGGCCCUUAAUAUCCAUUCAAGAGCAAAGGUACUGAACGUCGACUUCAACUUCGACUUCGAUUCUGACUCUUAUGUGGCUUUGACUUUGACUUCGGCUUUGGCUUUGACUUUGUCUUUGACUUUGAGUUUGACUUAGACUUAGACUUCGAGUUUGACUUUGACUUCGACCUUUAAUAUCCAUUCAGGCGCAAAGGUACUGCAGCGUUCAAAAG